UCUUGAUCUUGAUUCACUAUUUUCAAAGCCCUAACUUUAUUGAUUUAGAUUCAGUAUUAAACAAAACCCAAAACACAAAACAGGGAGAGGGUAUAAAGAUUUUCAAAAGAGACUCACCGUGAGUCUUGACUCUUGAGAUGAGAAGUCGAUGAUCAAGCAGAUUUGGAGCUCCUCUAUGGCUUCGUGGAGAUGGUCCUCUGCUUCUCGGAGGCGGCGCUCAGUGUCGACGUUGUCUUGGAGUGGCAGCGAUGGUGGAGACCCUGCUGCUGAUGCCAUUUUUGUUGCACAGUCACAGUGAGAAGAGAGGGUGGCGAGUGGAGGCAGAUUGGCAUGAGAGGGAGUGUGGAGUGGAGGCUGUGGCUGUCUGAAUGUGAGAGUGAAAAGUGUGGGAUAUGUAGGGUAGGGUUUCCAACUUUUAUUUUUAUAGUCUGAUUAGUUUUAGUUUAAUUAGAUAUUUACUUAUUUUAAUUAAUCUAAUGGCCAAUGGGUUUUAAAAUGCUAUGUUAGUAUGUUUAAAAAGAGCCAGGGCCAUUAAUUUGAUGACUAAUCUCAGUGAUCUAUUUGAUCAUAUAAAGUUAUAAAACAAGCUGAUGAACAUGACAGUUGCGGUCACCUUAUUACAGAGCUCCCUAGCGUUCAAAGUUUGUUAGUACGUCAUACCAAGGUGCAGUCUCUUAGAUUUGGUUUUUCUCUUCCCAUGCUUAAUAUUUUGAGGUCACUGCAAUUUGAUUCAAAAUGCUGCAAAUGGCAUAUACUACCAAGGUUGCUUGAAAGUGCUCCUAAUCUUGAGAAACUUAUUCUUCAUAAGGUGGAUACUGAUGGACCACAUGAGUUGUGCUGUUGGACAGACCCACCACAUGUUCCCAAAUUUCUAGAAUCAUGCCUUUGGAUAAUUUCUUUAGUAAAAUUUAAAUGCUGGGAACAUGACUUGGAAUUCGUACAAUUUUUUCUGAAGAAUGCAAAAGUCUUGGAAAAAAUGGGAAUUCUUACUGGUUUAUUGGAUUUGGCAGAAAAUUCUCGAAUUCUCAAGAAAUUUUCAGAGUUACCAAGGGGUUCUUCUAAUUGUGAACUUUUUCUUCUCAAUGGUUGAAGAGUGUAUAAAUGAAUCUGCUGUGCUCAACAGCCCCAAAAGCCAUUUUUCUUCCCUCUAUUUUUCCUUUCAUUAAAAUGUAUAAUUCAUGUAGAAUUUCCAACAGGUUAUUGUGAUUUCAUACCUGCUUUAUUUUGUGCGGUUAAAUUCAGUUCUUGGUGGCCUCUUAAAAUGAAAAUCCUAGGUCUUAUGUUUGCAUAUUGACAUCUUGGAGUAAUUUUAUUUUGGGUACGCUUCUUUUACAUUUUAUGAAGAAAUGACGACAUUGACGAGGCCUAUAUUUUCUGUGAAUUGAAAUGAACUAUUUAAUAUGGCUC